AUGGCCUCAGCUUACAUUGCCCACUUAGGCGACCUCAGUACACUCUUUAGCUUCGUUGGGUGGUGGUUCCUACCCGGAUACGUUUCGUCGACGGUUCUUGGGAUUUUCUAUCGGAUAUUCCCUGCACGUCGCCCUAAAGCUCCAGAACGUGGAUCAACCAACCCAGAUGAAAAACCGAUCUAUAAUCCAAUACAUGAACUACAGAAGUCAGAAUACGAUCGUCGAGCCCGUCGUCACCACUCGAUCGCACACGGUCUCGUAAUUGGUCUCUACCUCGGAUACACAUUGAUUGUUGACUAUCAAAAGCAAACCGGUUCCAAUUAUUACUCCGUCUUGGGUAUCCAAUCCAACUCACUCGCUUUCAACAGCACCACCCAAAGUGUACCUGAGAACUUGAAUACAGUCAGAACUCAAAUCAUUCAAGGGGAUUUGCUCGACGAAGCCGGAUUGAAGUCUCACUGGCGCCGAGUGGCCCGUUCAUUUCAUCCAGACAAACUCAACCCACCUGCCGGAUUAAGAACUGAAAUUGAGAUCGCUGAAUGGAAGGGCAAUGUGGAAGCAAAAUUUAUUCGAAUGAGAGAAGCGUAUGAAACUUUGAAUGAUAAUACCAAACGAUGGGCCUAUGAUCG